CCCCCCAGCAACCAAGCAGGACCCUCAGGAGGACGGCGCUCGCGAGCCGGUAUCCCCCCACGUCGACCCCCAGGAUGGCGACCGCAGAGGACCUGCCCCUGCCGCCCCCCAGGGAGGCCUUCUCCAAGUUCCAGCAGCAGCGGCAGGCCAGCGAGCUGCGGCGCCUCUACCGGCACAUCCACCCCGAGCUGCGCAAGAACCUGGCCGAGGCCAUGGCCGAGGACCUGGCCGAGGUGCUGGGCUCCGAGGAGCCCAUCGAGGGCGACGUGCAGUGCAUGCGCUGGAUCUUCGAGAACUGGCGGCUGGACGCCAUCGGCGAGCACGAGCCGCCGCCGGCCAGGGAGCCGGUGGCCGGCGGCGACGUGCAGGCCACCUCGCGCCAGCUGGAGGCGCGCGCGCUGGGCAGCGGCGCGGGGUCGGCGGCGCCGGGCCCAGCCGGCCCGCGGGUCGCGGGCGGGGACGUGGGUGCCACCCGCCGGCUGUUCGAGACGCGGCCGCUGGCCGAGCUGGGCGGCGCCCCAGACGGCGGCGAGGACGACGAGGCCCCCGAGGUGCCCUCCCAGGAGCCGGCGGCCAGCGGCGACGUCCGGGGCACGCGGCUGCUCUUCGAGACGCGGCCGCUGGACCGCCUGGGCUCGCGGUCCUCGGCCCCGGAGCAGAGCCCCCUGGAGCUGCGCUCCGAGCUCCGGGAGCUCCGCGGCGACGUGCAGAAGACGGUGAAGCUGUUCCAGACCGAGCCCCUGUGCGCCAUCCGCGACGCCCAGGGCGCCAUCCACGAGGUGACGGCCGCGUGCCGCGAGGAGGUCCAGAGCCACGCCGUGAGGACCGCGCGCUGGCUCUUCGAGACGCAGCCCCUGGACGCCAUCAACCGCGACCCCAGCCAGGUGCGCGUCAUCCGCGGCAUCUCCCUGGAGGAGGGGGCCCGGCCCGACGUCAGCGCCGCGCGCUGGCUCUUCGAGACGCAGCCCCUGGACGCCAUCCGGGAGUUCGAGGUGGACGAGAAGGACUUCCAGCCGUCCCCCGACCUGGUCCCUCCCGGGCCCGACGUCCAGCAGCAGCGGCACCUGUUCGAGACCCGAGCGCUGGAUACUCUCAAAGGGGGGGAGGAGGAGGAGGAGAAGGAGGAGGGGGUCGGCCCGGAGACCCCGCCCAAGGAGGCGGUGGUCCCCGGGGACGUGCGCUCCACCCUGUGGCUGUUUGAGAUGAAGCCCCUGGACACGCCCCGGGACCAGGUCCAAGUGGGUCACCUGCAGCGGGUGGGCCCCCCGGAAGGGCUCACCUCUGAGCAUCUGCCCAGGGAUGACCCCUCGGCCCCGUCCCCCUCGCACAGCGGCUCCCAGAGGGAGGAGGUCAAGGGGGACGUGAAGACCUUCAAAAACCUUUUUGAGACCCUACCUCUGGACAGCAUCGGGCAGGGGGAGCCUUGGGGUCAAGGGAGGGUGAGCGAAGCCAAAGGACCUGAGUGUGCUGGACAGUCUCUGGCCGUGGGGUCCACGGUGUACGCCCUCCAGGACAGCAGAGGCCACCUCCACGCACUCACCUCGGUCAGCAGGGAGCAGGUGGUGGGCGGGGAUGUGCAGGGAUAUCGGUGGAUGUUCGAAACCCAGCCCCUAGACCGGCUGGGUCGGAGUGCCAGCACCGUGGAUGUGGUGAAGGGCAUCACCCGGCAGGAAGUGCCGACCGGGGACGUGGGCCUGACCCGCUGGCUCUUCGAGACGCAGCCCCUGGAGGUCAUCCACCAGCGGGAGCAGCAGGAACGACAGGCGGAAGAGGGGCAGGUUCAGGGGAGCCCCCAGCCAGAGGCACCCCCUAGGGGAGAUGUGCAAACUAUCCGGUGGUUGUUUGAGACGUGCCCCAUGAGCAAGCUGGGGGAGAGGCCAGGGUCUGAAGCCACAGAAGCCCCCAAGGCAGAGGCAGGGGCGCGUUCUUGCACCUGGAUGUUUGCACCCCAACCCCUGGACAAGCCCGAGGAUGCCAGGGAAAGGCACCUGCAGGUCCACCAGGUGCAGGCUGGGAACAGACAGACAGAUGGACAUGUCUUUGAGACAGAGCCACUUCCGGUCUCGGGCCAACCCUGCGGAAGAGGACUGGUGCGGGUCUGCAGCCGUGUGGACAUCCCAUCGGGGCAGGUGUCCCAGUGGAAGGAGGUCUUCCAGGCCCUGGAGGCAGGCCAGCGGGAGGCCCAGGUGUCCAGGGCUGUCCCCGAGCCUGUGCCUGCCGGCUCCGUGCACAAGUUCACCUGGCUCUUCGAGAACUGCCCCAUGGGCUCCCUGGCAGCCCAGAGCCUUCAAGGGGACAACCUCCAGGAAGAACAGCCAACGGGUCCCUCGGAGCCCAGGGCUCCAGAGAGGCAGGAGACCGCCGCCGAGGGGACACUGCGGACCCUGCAGGCCACGCCGGGCAUCCUGCACCAUGGAGGCAUCCUCAUGGAGGUGUGUGGGCCCGGAGAGCUCUGCCUGGCCAAGUUCACGCUCCCAGGUCCUGGGCAGGGGCUGCCCCGUGUCCGCAAGGAAGAGCUGAUGUCUGGCGAACUGCCCCGGAUAGUCCGCCAGGUACUGCGUCGGCCAGACGUGGCCCCGCAGGGGCUGCUGGUGCAGGAGGACCCAGCAGGUCAACUCCAGCUCAGGCCUCUGAGGCUGCCCGCUCCGAGCAGCGGUGGGAAUGUGGAGGACAUGGAUCCUGAGCUCCAGCAGCUGCUGGCUUGCAGCCUAGGGAGCUCGGUGGCCAGGACAGGGCUGGUGAUGCAGGAGACAGAGCAGGGCCUGGUGGCUCUCACCGCCUACUCCCUGCAGCCCCGGCCCAGCAGCAGGGGCUCCGAGAGACGCAGCGUGCAGCUGCUGGCCAGCUGCAUAGACAAAGGGGACCUGCAGGGCCUGCAGUGUCUGCGCUGGGAGCCCCCGGCUGAGUCAAGCCCAGAGCCAACCAGUGAGGCUGCCCAGAGGCCGCUCUCCACUGAGAGCAUCAUCCGUGUUCCCCCUCUGGACCUCAGCCUAGGGCAGCAGAAAGGCCCCGGGGCCGCUCCAUGUCCCCCACAGGCCACGGGAAAGAUCGUUUCUCAGACCGAGGAAGGGAAGCAAGAAAGGAGCCGCACAGGCCAGGAAGAGGCCAGCUUGGAAAGAGCCAGGACGAUGUCCCCAGCACCCGGCACCCCGGAUCUUCAGGCUGCCAUGCAGAGCCUCCGGCUGGCCACGGCGGAAGCCCAGAGUCUACACCAGCAGGUUCUAAACAAGUACCAGCAAGGGCCCAGCCCUGGAGCCGCCCCUGAGCCCUGCCACAACGGUACUCCACAAGCACCGACCAAGGCCACGGGGACCACCCAGAGCAACACCGGGCCUGUGGCUGGAGGUGACCCCAGGAUCCCAGCAGCCCCCAAAAAGCUGCGGUGACAGAACCUGAUUCCCAGGGCCCAGCCCACGAUGACAAGGACUCCAUCGAGCAGGCCUGCACGCCCCAACAGGAUUCCCU